AUGGGUGUCGCGCUCGACUACAUCAUCUACAUGACUUAUGAUCUACAUGGCCAGUGGGAUUACGGCAACAAGUGGACGUCCCCUGGAUGCCCAAAUGGAAACUGCUUGCGAUCGCACGUAAAUCUUACUGAUGCUAUCAACAGUCUUUCUAUGAUUGCUAAAGCAGGCGUCGCCUCGAACAAGGUUGUAGUCGGUGUCACGAGCUAUGGACGCUCCUUCAAGAUGGCACAAGCAGGACGCACAGGCCCUAAGUGUCUCUUUACUGGCAGCUUCGGCCAAUCGAACGCAGCGAAAGGCGAAUACACCGACACUGCUGGCUACAUCUCUAACGCAGAGAUUGAUAGCAUCAUCUCGAAAGGCGUUUCUCAGCAAUAUACGGUAGAAGACUCCAACAUUAUCAUGUAUGGCGAUGGAACAGAAUGGGUAGCAUACAUGGCGUAA